CUCUGGUUGUUAUUUGCUACAAGAUAGUUUUUGCUAAGUGGUUUUAAAAACAAGGAUAGCAAACAUUAUGCCUCCAGAAAAACACCAGACCACCACAGCAGCAAAAAGAGCCAUAAAAAAGAUACGAACAGCUAGCCUUGUCAUCAGCUUGGCACGGGGUUGGCAGCAAUGGGCUACAGACCACAACACUAAGCAAGCCCAGGAGCCCAGUGGAUGGCUGCCCAAUGAGGAGACACCACCAAGUUUUUCUCCCCCCAAAGCCAGGACAUUUUCAAAGAAAGACCAACCAAAGAAAGACUCAUCAUUUCACUCCAAACAACAAAUACUUGAAGAGAAUGGGGGACAAAGUGCAAGUGAAUCUGAUGAAGCUCUCCAGAAGUUGAACAUUAGAAGCAAAGAAGUGACCAAAACCAUUGUGAGCAAAGUCUAUGAAAGAGGAAGUGGUGUCAAUAUCCUCAGUGACAAGUAUGAAAAAGACAAUGGCUGCACGGAGAUGGGCAGCAAUAUCAAAGAGCUCAAAGAUAUUGAUAAACUCCUUAGUAGCAAAAUGUCCCCAACCAGAAGGAGAAAAUGCUCUAACCUGGUAUCUGAACUGACAAAAGGAUGGAAGCAAGUGGAAGAGGAGGAUAAGGCUCCAGACCAAGAAAUACAGAAUUAUCGCAGUGAAAGCUUGGAGACUGAGGACAGUGGCUAUGGAGAAGACACGGAGGACAGACUUGCUACAGAAAACAGUCACCAAGAAGUAUUGAGUCCUGUAAGGAUAAAGAGGUCCACAGCAUCAAAUGCAAACAGAAACGUCAACGCUUCUAAGAAAUAUAGCCCGGUACACAAUCUUAGGGGACGAUGGGAAGAUUGGGCUGAUGAGCAUAUGAUAAUGCAAAAACUCAAUCCUUUCAGUGAGGAGUUUGACUAUGAGUUGUCAAUGUCCAAACGCCUGCGCAAAGGAGACAAAGGCUACGGUCGUCCUAAAGAGGGGACAAAAACGGCAGAAAGGGCAAAGAGAGCAGAGGACCAUAUUCAUCGGGAGAUGAAAGACAUGUGCUUCAUCAUCAGGACAAUGGCCCGCCACCGUCGCGAUGGCAAGAUCCAAGUCACUUUUGGAGAACUUUUUGACAGAUAUGUCCGCAUUUCCGAUAAGGUUGUUGGAAUACUCAUGCGGGCCAGGAAACAUGGGAUGGUGGACUUCGAAGGAGAAAUGUUGUGGCAAGGCCGUGAUGACCAUGUAAUAAUAACUUUGCUGGAGUAACAUUUCACAGGAUAAUCUAAAGAAUAGUUACUCUUUUAGCCAUAGAAUGAGAACAUUGUCUAUUCAAAAGAUUUUUUUUACAAAGACCAAUGGAGAUGUCAAUGCACUUCUACAUGUUAUCAUCAUGUUCUUAAAUUUCCUCAGACAGCAGUGUUUGGUUGGAAUAUUCAAAAUAGAUCUGCGUAGGGGAAUAAAAUGAGCAUAUAUUUGAAUGCAGUGAAAUUACAAAUUCACUAGAA